CCUUCUCCACCUCCCCCAAUCCAGACAUGCCAUCCCACGCUCGCGCUACCCAUCGCCACCUCUUCCUCAUCUCACGGCGCCCAUGCCCACCACCUGUUCGACCUCCUGACGCCAGCCUGUCAGCCCGCCAUGCCGCCCGCGCUCACCUCCAACCCCCCUUCCUUCCGGCCCUUAUCCUCCCCUCUCCGCCGCCGCGCCCCAUCCUUCCUCUGCCGCGUCGGCGCCGGCAAGCCUGGGGCGGAUGAGGAGGCCAAGAAGAACCCCUUCUUUGUCGACUUCAGCGGCAAGUUUGAGGACGCCAAGUCACUGAUACCGGCCUUCCCAUCGCCGGGAACAGGGUCCCUGUUUGCCGGAGGGAGGGGAAAGAAGGACCAACAGACGGUGUUCGUGGCGGGCGCCACGGGGCAGACGGGUGUCCGCAUUGCACAGACGCUGCUGCGGCAAGGUUUCGCCGUGCGCGCCGGGGUUCCGGACCUCGUGUCGGCACAGGAGUUGGCUCGGCUCGCCGCCGCGUACAGACUCAUAUCCCCCGCGGAGGCACGCCGGCUCAACGCGGUGGAGUCGGAUUUUGAUGACACUGAGGCUAUCGCCAAGUCCAUCGGCCCAGCGGCCAAGGUGGUGAUCACGGUCGGCCCGGUCGAGAAGGGAUUAGAGGGCGGGCCGGUCACUACCGAGGAUGCGCUCCGGGUAGUGCAGGCUGCGGACCUCGCCGGCGUGGCACAUGUUGUGGUGGUCUACGACGAGGGCGCCGGUGGCGUCAAUGGGGCUUCCACGAACAGUGUGCUUAAUGGGUUCACGUCUUUUUUCUCGAACCUCUUCUCCCGCGUGCAGACUCUGCCGCUAAGUGAAUUUUUGGCCAAGGUGGUAGAGACCGAUGUCAAUUACACGCUAGUCAAGGCGUCACUCACUGAAGACUACGACCCUGAGAGCUCGUAUGGGCUGGUCCUGGCCAAAGAGGGUUCGUCCAGCACCACGACUUCCUCCACUGACACUGGCAAGGUGUCCAAGUUGCAGAUUGCUUCCCUUGUGGCUGAUGUUUUCUCCAACAUUGAGAUCGCAGAGAACAAGGUUGUGGAAGUUUCAACUAGCUCCUUGGGAAAAUCCAAGCCCACAGUGGAGGCACUAACAGCUAUUCCUGAGGACAUUAGAAGAAAAGAGUACCAAGAAGCUGCUGCAAAUACGAGGGCACAGGAGGAAGCCCUGGCCUCCCAGCGAGCUGCUGAUGCAGAAGAACCCACCAGUAAGCUCAAAACCGAAGGGAAGGAUACGACCUCAGAAGAGGCAGGCGCAAGUCCGGUGAACGAGGCGCAGGCCUCGCUGGAGAACCUUCUAACCAGAGCCAAGGGGCUCAAGCUUAACACUGACUUCUCCUGGGACAAGUUCAGCACACAGCUUGCAGCCGUAGGAGCGACUGCGCGGAGCUCGGACGAGGAGGAACCAAGAGCCCAGAUCGCCACGGUGAGAGGCCAGGCCAAGGCCAAGAAGCUGGCACCGCAGAGGGCCGUCGUGAAGCCGGUGGCGCAGAAGGUGAAGCAGGCAACAAUGCAGCCGGCUCCCAAGAAGGAGGUGAGGCCCGUGUUUGGGGGACUCUUCAAGCAAGAGACUAUCUUUGUGGACGAGGACUGAGCAUCGCAGCAGCUUUUCUUCUUCUUCUUUUUGUGAAGGCCCUGAUGUAUCCUUGAAAUAUAUAUAUAAAUAUAAAUUAAAGAUUAACGGUCGAAUCCAA